AUGCUUUCCAACGGAAGCUUUGCCCGUAACUUCAACAUCCUUGAAUGGCAAUCCAAGGAAAUCUGCGCCAAAUUCAACGUUGCUGCUGGUAUCAACCUUGUUGCUCGCACACCAGAAGAGGCUGCUGCUGCAUUCAAGAAGAUGGGACUCCCAGCCGCCGUCAUCAAGGCUCAGGUCUACUGCGGUGGCCGUGGCAAGGGCCAUUGGAAGGAAACAGGCUUCAAGUCUGGCGUUCACUUCGUAAAGUCCGCCGAUGAGGCCGCCAAGAUCGCUAAGGAGAUGCUUGGCCACCACCUUGUUACAAAGCAGACAGGCGCUGAUGGUCUCCUCUGCCAGGCUGUCAUGCUCUCCGACCCAGUCGAAGUUAAGCGUGAACUCUACUUCGCUAUCCUUCUCGACCGCCAGACACAGUCUCCAGUCGUCAUCGCCUCCACAGAGGGUGGUGUCGAAAUUGAAGAAGUCGCUGCCAAGCACCCAGAGAAGAUCCUCAAGUUCCAGCUCGAUGGUGUUGAGGGCAUCACACGCGAUGUUGCUGUUAACAUCUCCAAGCAACUCGGUCUCACAGGCAAGGCUUACGAGAACGGUAUUGAGGAAAUGCAGAAGCUUUGGAAGCUCUUCGUUGGCUCCGAUGCUACACAGGUCGAAGUUAACCCACUCGCCGAGACAACAGAUGGCCGCAUCAUCACAGUCGACUCCAAGUUCAACUUCGAUGACUCCGCUCACUACCGCCAGAAGCAGAUCUUCGGCUAUCGUGACCUCAAGCAAGUCAACCCAUUCGAAAUCCGCGCUGAGAAGUACGGUCUUAACUACGUCCCACUCGAUGGUAACGUCGCUUGCCUCGUUAACGGUGCUGGCCUUGCUAUGGCUACAAUGGAUGUCAUCAAACUUGCCGGUGGUGAUCCAGCUAACUUCCUCGAUCUCGGUGGUGGUGCUUCUGAAGCUGCCGUUACAGAGGGCUUCACAAUCAUCUCAUCUCAGUCACACGUAAAGGCUAUCCUCGUCAACAUCUUCGGUGGUAUCGUCCGCUGCGACAUGGUCGCUGCUGGUGUCAUCGCCGCCUUCAAGAAGGUUGGCCUCAAGGUCCCACUCGUUGUCCGCCUCGAGGGUACAAACGUCGAUGCCGGUAAGAAGCUCAUCCGCGAAUCCGGCCUCCCAAUCAUCCCAGCUGACAACCUUACAGACGCUGGUAUCAAGGCUGUCAAGGCUGCUAACGGUGAGAAGCUCAUCUAA